AUGGAGCAUAUGUACGAUCGAGUUAAUAGACAAAUUGCUAAUACAAUCGCAACAUAUCCGCGUCAAUUCCUUUUUGCAACACUUCUAUUCUCAGUAUUUCUGUCAUUAUCAUUAUUUAAUUCAACUUUAGAGGAUGACAUACGACGCAGCUUUUCACCACCCAAGUCAAGAGCAGCUAGAGAAGAAGAAAUAUACAAGCAAUUUUAUGAAAUUACUACCGCUCCACAAAGAACUUUUAUCAUAUUUUAUGCAAAAGAUGGCGGAACUAUGUUACGUAAAAGUCAUAUGGAGGAAAUGUUUCAAAUAAAUGGAAUAAUGGCUGAUACAUUGAAUAGCACUGAAUAUUUUGAUGUACCAAUCUGUCAUCCGUUUUGUGACAUUAAUACGUCAGUCAAACUUUUCUGGGAUGCAUUAACAAAGCAUGUGAGUAAUAAUGACUACGACAAAGAUGCUAUAUUUGAUUUUCCGAGAUCAACAAUAUUUGGGCAGGAAUUGUUUCUUGGGUCAAACCUGUUCAGUGUACAAACCUCCGGCAAUGUUUCCAAAAUGGCUGGCGAAAAAGUUUUGCUUUACAAAUGGAAAACUUAUGCAUCAUUUUCAGAUCACGUAUUUUCCAAUCGAUCCACGAUAACAAGAGUAGGAACUAUUAUGUUCUGGCACUUGGCCAAUGCUGAUAAUCCACAUAAACUUAAAACUCUUCAAAAUGUAACAGUCACAUUAUUCGAAAUGUCCAGAAAGCGAAAUACUAGCAAAUGGAUUAAUUUUAAUAUUUUCGGUGAUGAAAUUGCAAACCGUGAAAUGAUCCAAGGCGCUUAUGAAGCAACGAAACUAAUGACACUCGGAUUUAUUUUGUUACUCUGUUUUGUAUUCCUUGUUAUGUGGCGCAAAAUGGAAUUACGUCUUCUUCCUUCCGUUGUUUUUGCUACUGUAUUUUCACCACUUCUGGCUGCCAGCUCAUCCUUUGGUAUUAUUUCCUGGCUACGAUUACCCAUUUAUUCUAUGAUGUGUAUCACACCAUUUCUGGUUCUUGGAAUUGGAGUGGAUGAUGCAUUUAUUAUGAUCCAAGCAUGGUCUCGUCUAAAGUCCAUAACAUCUCGAAAUGAGAGAUUGGCACAAGUUUUUGUCGAAAUUGGACCAUCAAUUAGCAUCACAUCUAUAACUAAUCUGAUUGCUUUUGGUAUUGGUUAUUUAACGCCAACACCACAGAUGAGCUUAUUCUGUCUAUGCACAUCAUUCGCUUGUUUAUUUGAUUAUAUUUUCUCAUUUACACUUUUAGCACCAAUUCUUUAUUUGGCUGAUAAAUCAGAGAAUGAUUAUGUGAUAGUGGAAAAAGUAUCAAAAAAUGAACUUGGCGAAUAUUGUCUGACAAGUUAUAGCAAACUGAUAUGUUCGUGGAAGGGUAGAGUUAUUACAGUAAUCGUGCUAGCGAUAUUAUACUCCUUGACGUCAAUAGGAGUUAUGAAAAUGAAAUCAACUUUUGAACCUGUAAAGGCAUUUCCGUCUGAUUCGAUAUCUACAACUUCAUUUGUUGUCCUUCGGCAUGUUUUCAAUGAAUUUUUUCCACUUCAAAUUGUCAUUAAUAAGCCACCAAACAUUAGCGAUUCAACAGAAUACAAUGAGUUUUAUGAUAUGAUAAGAAGUUUGGAAGCGGUACCCAACAGUUAUGGAUCAAAUGGAACGAUCACCUUUUUGAAAACAUAUGAAGAAUUUGAUCGUAAAAUAUACAAUUUCUUUAAUAUGUUAGGUGUAGGAGGUCAGAAUGAUUUCACGCCAUCAUAUGAUAAUUUACCGAUGUUUCUGGAUCACAUCCACAAGUCACCAUUCAUCAAAACGAGGGUCGAUGAAAAAGGUGAACACAAGUUGGUAUCAUUCGUAAUUACAGCAACUGCGCGAAAUAUGUCUGAAUGGUCCAACCGUGCUGAAUAUGUGGAAGCAUGCCGUGCAGUUUUCCGUAAUUAUUCACGUUUCAACGCCACUGUCUAUGAUGGCGAUUCGGCAGUGCUGGAUUUGAUACUUACUGCGAAAAAGGAUCUUAUUGGAUCAGUUACUGUUACAAUCAUUUGCAUGGCAACUGUUUGCUUAUUUUUCAUUGGCAGCAAAAUUGGCGUACUAAUUAUUACUUUCACGAUCUCAUCCAUUUGUUUUUCAUUAGUUGGUUCGUUGUCAUGGUGGGGAGCAGAUAUGGAUCCCGUAACAAUGGUCGAUGUACUUAUUGCCACUGGAUUUAGUGUUGACUAUACCGCUCAUAUUGCUUACAAGUUUUACAAACUCACUGGUAGUCGGGAAGAGCGAAUUAAACAAAGUUUCCGCGAAAUGUGCGGUCCCAUGCUCCAGGCCGGCAUAUCAACGAUACUUUGCAUGUUACCGCUUAUCUUUGUUCCAACUUAUGCAAUUUUAGCAUUUGCUAAAACAGUCUUUCUGGAUGUAGGUUUGGCACUGUUGCACGGACUUUUUAUACUACCUGUUUUACUGCUCACCUCAUGUCGUGAUAAUCGGAAAGAAACCAACGAUAACAAAACAAUGAUGAAAUCCAGAAUGAUGAAUAACGAUAUGAAUAAUGACUAUCUGUUAGAGAAAUGA